AACCCUUGCUUCAGUAUACAUUCGGCGAUGGCACGUGACGUUCAAAACGGUCUCUCGUGGCGGAAGUUGCCGGCGCUUUCGCCAAGAGUUCGAGAUUGCCGCACCCGCUUUUUUCACUGCAUCAGCGACCAAUUUGAACACCACGCCAAAAACACCAGUCAGGUAGCAGAUACGCAUCCUCUGACUACUUAAUCACCUGUCAACAUGGAGUCGGCCAAGGUCCCCGUUAAGCUCGUCAAGGUCACCCGAGUGCUCGGUCGCACUGGCUCUCGUGGUGGUGUGACCCAGGUUCGCGUGGAGUUCAUGGACGAUACGACCCGCAGCAUUAUCCGCAACGUCAAAGGCCCAGUUCGCGAAGAUGACAUUCUGUGCUUGCUGGAGUCUGAGCGUGAGGCAAGGAGGCUAAGAUAAACGGCAAUCUUUCAGGCGCUACUAGGGAAACAAUGGAGCUCAGGCGGAUUGCUACGACGCCACGAGUCGCAUGCAGCGUACGGAGUUUCGGCGCAUGGAGGACUGAUAUCGCGACGGAUUGAGAUACGCAGUCGAACAUUGUUCACGUCGUAAUCAGACACGGAUCGCUUGACACAUCUCCAGAAGCGUCGGCAAGCACUUUCGCAUCUCUUCAAGCAUCAUCCACCCGCGUAGCUAUCUGCAACACGAGCA